AUGUACAUGUCUACUACAAUAUACCACACGAGGCUGCGAGCCGAAAAGAUCCUAGUCAGUUUGACUGCCAAGCACAAACGGGCAACGACAGCUGCCACACCAACAGCAGCCGCGGUCGAGCAAGUACGAAGCUUGGAGACCGCUGUUGAAGGGACAGACUCUACUGCCACAAAAACGGAAAGCCGCCUUCAGAGCACAAAUGCCAGUACUCAGCCACCGGAACUGGUUGUGCCUGCGUCCAAGUCUGCUACAUCUGAGUCGUCAGGUGCCGUCCAAGAGUCUGGCUGUGGUGGGCCGGAGGAAGAACCAGCCCUCGCAACAGCGAGUCUUUGGGAUUGCGCCGUGGUCCAGCUUGCGGCGAGCGAUGGAAAACUUGUGGCAGACUACGAAGAGCUUCUCCUGAAACAUUUGAUUAGAACCGAAGAUGCCGCAGCUACGGGUGCCGCAGCUACGAAUGCCGUAGCUACGGAUGCCACAGCUACGAUCAACAGAGAUCAACUCGACCGGAUGCUGGAUCUUGGUCUCGACCGCAAAGAAAAGAACAAACUCGAAUACAUGGUGUUUGGGAAGAAAUUCGUCAUCGAGGACAAGAUUUCCGAGACCACAGACCUGGUUCUCAAGUUCAAAAACUUCGUUUCCGAGGCAGUCAAGGUCUCACCAGAAGCAUCGCUGGCGUGGGCUGGCGUAUGUGUAAUCUUGCCUCUCUUCACCAAACCGAGCACUGCCUACGAGGCGCAGUCCUCUGGGUUUCAUUACGUCACCUCCCGCUUGCAACUAUACGCCGAAUAUGAGAUUCAAGUUAGAAAACGCUGCAGCGUCGUGCGGGAUGAAAUGGCCAUUCAGCUGGAAGCCUUGCUGGUGAAUCUAUACGAGGAAUUGCUCAGGUUUCAGCUAAGCACUGUCGUGUACUUUUAUCGGAGCUGGACCAAGAACACUGUGAAGGGCAGUCUUCUGUCUGACGAGUGGGAGUCGAAGGUCAACAAAGUCAAGGACGCGGAAGGCACAGUGGCAGAAUAUUUGAGUCGACUGCAAGAGACGGACAUGAUUUCGACUCUAAAGGAAAUGAAAACUACUGCUAACAAGCGAUGCGCCGACUUGAAGACACUACUCGACGUGUCGAUGCAAACUCUGAAUGUCAUAAAGGACAUCAAAUACUUGAUCGAGUCUGAUCAGCGACCGCUAGACCUUCGAAUUAUUGCUGAAGCUUGUCACAACAGCGCAGAGGUGGCGGCUCGCGGUCAGUGUCUUGGCGGAACAAGAAGCAGGCUCAAAGGGCAAAUAGCAACCUGGUUCAACAAUCAAGCUGGGCCUAACAUGCUGUGGCUCACCGGGCCUGCUGGUAUGGGCAAAUCUACAGUAUCGCUCACCAUUGCUGACGAGUACGCCAAAGACAGACGACUGGCUGCGAGCUACUUUUUCAGUCGCGCCCGCCAAGGAGCGGGCGAAAUUCUUCAAUUCUUGCCAACAAUUGCUAGUCAGUUGGCGCAAAACCUUCCCGUGUACAAGAGCAUGUUGCGCGAUGCCUUGAGUGACAUGAGCGGUGAGACGCUGGCGAAGAAGUCCCUUGAGGCGCAAUUCGAUAUAUUGUUCAGAGGCCUUUUGGAGCAAGAAGACAUUGGGUCGGUCAAUGAAGAAUGGAAACUUGUAGUUGUCGACGCACUCGAUGAAUGCAAACAACAGACUAGCCUGAGAGAACUCGUCGAUCUGCUAGCUGAGUUGGCGAAUUUGGAAUUCCUUCGAUUGCGAAUAUUCAUCACAAGCCGCGACGACACCACUACGAGCGCCGCCUUUAUGCAAUUGCAGGAAAACAAAUACAAAUCCUUGGAUCUCCACAAAGACUUUUCGGAUGAAUCCACCGAGGAUAUUCAAUCCUACUUGACAAACGUCUUCGAGAAGACGAACCUCGCGAUGAAGACCAAGGACCCAAAGUUGCUUCUUGGUGACCAAGACUUGGCAACAAUUAUUGACCUUGCUACGAAGCCCUACCCUCUUUUCAUUUACGCUUCUACUUUCCAUCGAUUCUUGCAGAUAAACAGUCCACGAAGGACGCCUCGUUCUCAGCUGGACCGCUGGCUUCAGAAUCCUGAUGGCCUUCUUCCGCAGCUGACGCAGCUUGACCUGCAAGUACUCAGAGAAGCGUUCAAACCAUCGAGCGACGAACAAGACUACUUCACAGAUGCGGAGACAUUGAAAAUCGAAAUGAUGAAUGGUAAAAACAUUAUUACCGCCGUUGUUCUAGCCGCAGAGCCCCUUCCCCCAUGCCACUUGGCGUGCUUGCUCAGAAUGGAGCUUCAUAUUGUAACAGGAUGGCUCCAGCAGCUCCGAGCAGUCUUGAGUGCUCCAAAUGACUUUAAUGAGCCAAUUCAUUUACUGCACAAAUCGUUCAGCGAUUUCUUGCUCCAUGACAAAAUCCCAGCUUCCGAAGAGUUCCGCAUAGCGAUGCAUGCUGGACACACACUAGAUAUUUGUGGCUUGGAGAAGCCUGGUGUCUAUGCCAUGGAUGUGGAAGAGACGCUCAUCGCAGAGUUUAUCCCUGGUGAUUUGGCAUAUGCAUCGAGGCACUGGCUUCAUCAUCUGAACAUGGCUGAGCGACAGCUACAGAAUCUCGCCGACAUUUGCGAGUUUAUCGAAGUGCAUCUUUUGCACUGGUUGGAGGCAUUGUCCCUGUUGGGGAGUAUAGCAAAUGCAAUCUUGGGAACGUCAGUCUUGGCUGCAGCUACCGCUUCGAUAGAUGACGCAGUGUUAUCCGGCAACGGUCGGGUACUAGCUGUCGCAACCGAAGGCUACGCGGAGCUGUACGAUACGACAACAUGGGACUGCAUCCUCGCCUAUUAUUUUGAAAAUAUCUGUCCUUGUGGUUUUGCAAUCUCAUAUGAUGGCGACCGACUGGCAUUCGUCUCAACUCUCACAAAUGACAUGCAGGUUUGGGACUGGGCGACAAGGACCUUGGUGCACACCUUCCCCUGUCAUACAUCCUACCUCACACCUCUUCACUUCUUUGACAAUGACACGAAAUUAGCCUGCAUGACGGAAGAUGGAGGAAUAGAACUGCGACUUGUCUCAAGUGGCGCUGUCUUGAAAGCAAUUGGCGCACGACAACUUUUUGCACGUUGGUGGAAUUCCGACAACGAACAAGAUCCUACCCCAUAUCUUUGCUGCGAUCAUCAAUUAUUUGACCUUUUUGCUGGGCGGUUUUGGAGUCACCACGAUCAAGACGAUGAUGUCGCAUUUUCGGCACAAACAGGACUUCUCGCGCGGGUCCAAGGCAGCUCCCUGGAACUAUACGACAAUUUGACCGGCAAACUCUUGAAGGCUGCUACAAUACCUGCCGCAGACUACGGUACCCGCUCAAGCAUAUGCUUUUUUGACCAUGAUAAUCGAAUAUUGCAAUUUCUUCCUUGCGGCCCGAUGAAGAUUUGGGAUACCGAAACGUUGACAGUUUUACAAACUAUAGAGGCUCCUCACAAGAGAGCGACCAGAUGUUUUCCGCUUGAUAGACAGAACCAAAUUCUCACUUUCGAUGGCGAAAAAGAGAGGAUUUAUAUCUGGGAUGUGGCGGAUCUCAGGAAGAGCCAUAAGGUGCACAAUCAGCAGCCAUCGAUGGACUACCUCGCCAACAUGCAGGUUUGGGACACGGAAAAGGCGAUUUGCCUGCGGACCAUUCGCAUACACGCAAAAUCUCAGCACCACGAGUUGUACAGCCCGGAUCAAAUGCGCAGAAGAACCUUGGUAUCUGGUAACGGCAAAGUUGUCCUAAUAGGCGCUUCAAAUCACGAGAUUCAAGCCCGGAGCAUUACGACUGGUGCAUGCAUUCGAGUUAUCGAAGAUGAGGAAAAUAGAAUCAGCCCAGUGGCCCUAUCUCCUGACGGUCAACGCUUCGCCCUGGACACUGAAAAUUUGGAACAGUUCCAUAUAUACGGGCUCGACAGCAAUGUACCUAUGCGAGUCAAGAAGGAAACCAAAUGUACGUUUUCGGACCAAGCUCCCUCUUUCAAGGCACUAUUCUCACCGGAAAGUGCCAUUUUCGCAUACGUUGUGGACAAUGAGGACAUUGCUACCGGCGCUACCGUGGAGUUGAUUGGAGUCCGCAGACUCCAGCAACGCACCGACGUACGCUGGGUAAACCAGAGGUUUUCUUUUCACAUGGGAGAGAGCUCCCACGUUGCAACGCUGUGGGGAGUCAGAGAAUUCGCACAGGAUGACGAACAACUGAAGUAUGCUGGCUACGGCUUGAGCGAGCAUUUCAGGUGGAUAAUGAAGGGCUCCGAGAAAGUUGUAUACCUGCCGCCGGAAUAUCGGUGUAGGCCCGUGGUCAACUGA